GUGGCCUUGACGGUGAAGUGUGAGAGACAGUCAUGUAACCUUAGUAUUAGUUGCAGCCGAGACACAGCUCUGCUCACUGCGUAGGAAGAGGCACAUUUGCGGUGAAAGAUGAAGUUCCAGAGCGGGCACCAAGCAACGGCGCUGGAGGGCGAGGAGUGGGAACGCCAGAAGAGUCACUGGUUAGGUUACACUGAGGGCUUGGUCCGCUUUUCCCCCGGCGGUUGGGUCUUCCCCACGACUUUCACCAAGUUUGCUGAUAAGUACUACAACUUUAAGUUCAGGCCAACAGAUGUGUUAGUGCAUACUUGGGCCAAAAGUGGGACGACAUGGACUCAGGAGAUCGUCUGGACAAUGAGGAACAACCCCGACCUGAACAAUCCAAUGGCAGACAUGAACGUGAAUGCGCGGGCGCCGUUCCUGGAGUUCGACAUGUUCCAUGUGCACGGGAAGAAGACCAACGACAACUUCCUCGAGAAUUUCCAGCGACUUUGCCCCGGAAAAGACCCCGCGAACGGCAUGUUCCUCCAGAUGUCCGAGGGACUCAGAGACCCGCGCACGAUCAAGUCUCAUCUUCCCUUGUCGCUUCUCCCGCCGUCGCUGCUGGAUACUACGAAGGUGGUGGCCGUCCUGAGGAACCCAAAGGACGUGAUCGUGUCCUACCACCACCACUGCCGCCUCCUCAACGUCCAUGGCUACGUAGGAUCUCUCGACGACUUCGUCCAGUACUUCGUUGACGAUGACCUGGUCUACAGUCCGUACUGGCUGCACGUCAAGGAGGUGUGGGAAAAGCGAGAGCAUCCUAAUCUUCACAUCAUGUUCUUCGAAGACAUGAAAGCGGACAUCAUGAAGGAACUACGGAAGCUCGACGGGUUCCUGGGGACGGGGCUUAGCGACGAGCAGCUAGACAACGUGGCGCGACACACGGGCUUCAGCGCGAUGAAGGGCAGGGCGGGAGACCGCGCUCCCGAUCACGUCAACAAGGAGGUGAUGACGAAAGACGGAGGCUUCUUCAGGAAAGGCCAAUCUGGAGACUGGAAGAAUAAGUUAUCUCCAGAAAUGGAAGAGAAAGUGAACAAAUACAUCGAGGAGAAGAUCAAGAACAUCGGAGUUCCGUUUAAAUUUGGGUAAAUGUCUUUCAGAGAGAUGUUAUAAAGACUUAUGAUGAAGACCUGUAAGAAGGUAUAUAUAUAAAUAUGUCUCUGUGAAUUCACCAUAUUUAAUGAACAAAAUAUGAGGGUAUAUUGCUGUCAGUAACAGUUGCCGUAACGACAGAUUUAAUGUGAAAAAAUAUAUAAAAUUCAAAGUAA